CUUUAUAAACCAUCAAAUAAUGUUUAGAUUUCUUUGCACAAAGUUCUCCUUGUGAGAGAGAGAGUGUGAUAAAUUUAAGAGAGAGAGAGAAUAUGGUUUCCAGAGUUCACAAGAGAAUAGCCAUGUACAGGAACCUACAACUGCUUCGUUCAAUCAGAUACUCACAUUCGCGCCUUAAAGCCUCAGUGUUACUCGAGCUGUCAGAUUACAUACAAGGUUUAAAGCAAAAACUGGAAGAAUUGAACCAGCUGUUAACGGUGGCAACGGCACGAAAAAUCGCUGACUAUGAUCCAAUGCCUAAGCUUGAAGUUGAAACACAAGAAGAGGCUUUUGUGAUCAAGGUGCUGAGUGAAAGCAGUUGCCAGGGGUUGCUGGUGUUUAUAUUGGAAGCCUUUGAAGAGAUGGGUCUUGAUGUGCUCCAAGCUAGGGUUUCUUGUGCGGACAGCUUCAGUUUAGAAGCCAUCGGAAAUAAUAAAGAGAACAAUGAAGAUACUCACACUUUGGAUGCACAACUAGUUGAACAAGUAGUGUCUCAAGCUAUUCAAAACUGGUGGGAAGUUUCGCAAAUAUAAUUAAUGAUCAAGCACCUAUUGUCAUAAUUAGAAAUUCAUACUAUGCUUGAGUUAAUUUCUUGUAACAAUGUUUACUAGUACUCCUUUAAAUAGGUCGAGAAGUUGGCCUUUAUGAUGAAUAUUUUGAAUACUAUAAGAUAAUGCCACCUCAACUUUCUCGACA